UAAACGGGUUGCCAGUUUGGGUCAGGGCCACCUCACUGACUGGAAGCCAAGUAGAAGAAGAAGAAGAGACCCAGCCCCUCUGUAAACCAGCACAGAGGCAGUCCGGGUUUCCAACUCUUCGCCGAUUAGUUUGAUAGCCGGAUAGCGAAAGACUAAAUCGGGAAUGGCUCCUCUGUCUUUGCCACACGAGUUAUAAAAUGUUCUAUCAGUGCGGGUUGUUAAUGUUACAGUUUAACGCAGGUUUGUUUUCCACCUCCACGGUCCACGGCUACUUCCUGGUGCCACAGAGAGAGGCAGUGCUGAGUUAAAGAGACAGAAAUACUGAUAGAAAUUCAGAUAGAAAAAAAAACACAGAGAGAAGAGAGGGGUUGGAGACGCGAUAGGAACAGUUGACUGGAUUCCCAGGAAUUGAAAACCCUCUCUCUCUCCUCUUAUUUAUAUGUAUUUUUGAUAUUUCUUUUGUUUUACCGAGUCGUUAUUCUUCGUCGGUUUGUAAACCAACAAACGGUUUGGAUGACGGUUGGCUGCGGCUAAAGCGGAAUUGUAACGGGGAACAUAUUCCUCCCUCCGACGGAGAAGCCUCGCAGAGAUUUUUCCUCUUUUUUAUUUUUAUUUUACAGUAGACUCAUUCCUGUGUCAUUUUUAAAACCACGACAUCAUCCCGGCUGUUAUUUUAUAUAUUUUUUUACGAUUCCACAAGGAAGGGUUAGGGCGACGGAAGAUGGGUUGUUUGGGCAACAGCAAGACUGAAGAUCAACGCAUCGACGAAAAGGCACAACGAGAGGCUAAUAAAAAGAUAGAAAAACAGUUGCAAAAGGAAAGACAAGCGUAUAAAGCCACACACAGGCUCUUAUUACUGGGUGCGGGAGAGUCCGGAAAAAGCACCAUUGUGAAGCAGAUGAGGAUUCUACACGUCAACGGCUUCAACGCGGAAGAGAAGAAACAGAAAAUCCAAGAUAUUCGGAAAAACGUGAAGGAUGCCAUAGUGACUAUAGUGUCUGCGAUGAGCACUUUAAUACCCCCAGUCCCGCUAGCCAACCCAGAGGACCAAUUCAGAAUCGAAUACAUCAAAAGCAUAGCACCUCUUUCUGACUUUGACUAUUCACAGGAGUUCUUUGAUCACGCAAAGAAGCUGUGGGAUGAUGAAGGAGUGAAGGCGUGCUUUGAGAGGUCCAAUGAGUACCAGCUCAUCGACUGUGCACAAUAUUUCCUGGACAGAAUUGACUCUGUAAGACAGAACGACUACACACCAACGGACCAGGACCUGCUACGCUGCCGAGUGUUAACUUCAGGGAUUUUCGAGACGAGGUUCCAAGUAGACAAAGUGAACUUUCACAUGUUUGAUGUUGGGGGCCAGAGAGAUGAAAGGAGAAAAUGGAUCCAGUGCUUUAACGACGUCACUGCUAUCAUCUUCGUGGUGGCCAGCAGCAGCUACAAUAUGGUAAUAAGGGAAGAUAAUAACACCAACAGGCUACGGGAAGCCCUGGACCUCUUCCGCAGUAUUUGGAACAACAGAUGGUUACGCACUAUAUCGGUCAUAUUAUUCCUGAACAAGCAGGACAUGCUGGCUGAGAAAGUAUUAGCUGGAAAAUCCAAAAUUGAAGACUACUUCCCUGAAUAUGCUCGCUACACCAUACCAAAUGAAGCAACUCCUGAACCGGGUGAAGACCCAAGAGUGACGAGAGCUAAGUUCUUCAUCCGGGACGAGUUUCUUCGGAUCAGCACUGCGAGUGGCGACGGCAGACACUACUGCUACCCCCACUUCACCUGCGCCGUGGACACAGAGAACAUCCGGCGGGUGUUCAACGACUGCCGGGACAUCAUCCAGAGAAUGCACCUGCGGCAGUACGAACUCUUGUGAUGGGAGACCGCCUCCGUCAGCCUUCUGUGUUUUUUCUCCACCAUUCUGCAUCCUUGACGAACCCUUCCUCCUCCUCCCUUUACUCCCUCUCCUCUCUCACCCCUCCCCCCCCCCAAAGAAACCCUCAACAACCCCUGACCACCCCUCCCGUCGAGGACUAUGAAGUACUACUGAAGUGUGUCAAAUCCUCUUCCUCUUCUUAACUUCUUAGCUUUUUGUACUUCUUCUUUUUGAGACCGAUUCAUCCCCAUUCACCGCCGUGAAAGGAAGGUUGGGGAACAAAGUUGUUGCGUGCCGCUUAUUAUUUUUUUCUUCUUUUAAUCCUUCCUUUUUGAAUGCCUUGAUUUUUGUCAUUCCACUAAGCCUUGGGCUACCUCCUUUUUUUCUUUUCUUUUUUUUAGAAAUUUUUUGCCCCUUCGUGUCCUUCUGUUUUUUUGGCUUUGUCGUUGGACCUGGACUGGUGGGUGUGGACGUGAAACACACCUACAGGACCUCAGUGUAGAGGCAGCGUGUGAGCGUGUGUGCAACGAAGAGAAGGAGGAAUGCCAUGUGAGCGAGCGCAUGCGUGUGUGUUUAUGUUUGUGUGUCACCUGCCGGUUAAAAAGCCGGCGCCACCACCAUGACCUUUGCCCCCCCCCCCCCUUUUUUGACCCCCCUCUGAUGCUUCUCCUCUCUCGACAGAGAGGAAUGGGAGGGGGAACCGAGUGGAUGAAGAGAUAAAUGCACUUUGCAUCAGGUUCCUUAAUAACUAUUUUUUUUUUGUCGUUGUUGUUGUUUUUUUUUUUUUCUCCAGAGGAAGCAUACACACAAUGUAGCAUCACAAUAUUUAUUACCCUGUCACGAUGUUAGCUUGCCGAGCUGCAGGGUGCACCGAGCAGCCGAGAGACAUGUGGAGCGAAAGAUUAAAAGUGUGAGGGGGGCAGGAAACACGAUGACACGAAGACGAAGGAUUUAAAAAUGAAGGAAAAGGGACUGAGCUCUCUGCACCUUAGCCCUGCUGCCUCCACGGACUCGGACCUGCCUCCUUUUUCCACACAAACCAUCCUUUUAGCUUAGAGAUACUGAUGGGAGGGGAGGGUGGGGGGGACAGGAGAGAAAAAUGUAUUGUUCUCUUUUUUUUUUUUUUGUUAACUUGUACACUGUGCAAGGUUGAAUUAUCCUGUACAGACUGUAAAAUGUAAUAUUAUUUUGUACAACUUAAUUGAAAGAAAAACAAAUCUACUUGUAGAUCUUUGUGCCUUGAUUAUGGCUGUACCUGUAAAUGAGCUCAGAUGUAAGUAUGUUUUCGACUGCGCUGUACAGCUUGAUGUCAAUCUCUAUCAGCAGCGGAAGACUGCGGGUAGGGGACUUUCUCUGUAGAGUUUAGUUUUUUCUGGUUUAUAAAAAAAGAGGAAAUGCUGUUUAGUAAAAAAUAAAAAAUAGGGAAAAAAUCCUAAAAACCUGUAUACAUUAUGCAAAUUAACCACUUACCUGCAGUGAAGACCAGAUGUUGCAGCGCCAUGCCUUUUUUUUUUCUUUUGUUGGUAUUAUUUUUCCUCCUUUUAUUUUUCUGUUUGUUUUGGGGUUUUUUUGUUUUGUUUUUGAAUUUCACAGCUUUAAACAAACAUUGGAAAUCCAUUGAAAGUGUCCAAAUUGCAACCUGGUGUUGUUUUAAUAAGAACCAACGUUUUUUCGAUAUGAAGUGUGUCUGAGAUCUGUACUGAUGUGCGUGCCUGUGCGCAUGUGUACAUAAAACAAACAUAGACUCACAGACGCAUUGUGUGUGUGUGUGUGUGUGCGCGUGUGUGAGGGCGAGUGAGCGUUGUGUGUAAAAUUUUAUAAAUGUAUGUACAUGUAAAUUUAUAGGUCUAUAUAAAUAUAUAUGUACAAUUAUACAUGUUUAAUUAUGUGUGUGCCUAGGUGUACAUACCUAUGUAUGUAUACGGUAAAUAUGUAUACAUACACACACAGGAAAGCAUGUUUAGAAUGGAGAUGAAUAAAUGAGAGCGUGCAAUAUUAGUGAUUCUUUGGUCCUUUGGAGCCAUACCCGAUGGCACAGGCACUAUGAAUGUGUGAGCAGCACCCAACAAGACGAGCUCUUCUCCUUGUACAAACAGCAUCAGCCUUUUCUUCUGCUACAGUACACGUCUAUCCCCGAAAGAGAGUGAACUGACUGGAGGUGCAAAAACCUUGUUUGGCCUGGGAGGAUGAUUAAAUGACAUUUUUAUUUUCUUUAAAUAAAGAGGCACAUUAGAGGA